AUGGGAACAAAGUGCAGUUGCAAUACAGAUCAAGCUGAAUAUGAAUUUAACUUAGAAGAUGGUAAAAAUUAUUUAGAAUCUGCGAAUUCUAUUAUAAAUCUUAAUAGGACACUAAAUGGAGAAAGCAGAACUGAGGAAUUGUUUAUUGUUUCAAAUUCUAAUUUUCAUUCGUCUGAUUUUACUUAUUCAAUUUGUUCGAAAUAUUCAAAAUUAUUAGGUAAUAAUAAACGAUAA